CCUCAGGCUAGCUGACAGAGUUCAGCUUGCUUUACUAACUUUAAUCACCGAGUUACUCUGUUUUUCUUUGCCGGCACCAUGGAUGUUUCACUGGAGGCACAGGCCAAACCGCUGGCCGUGUUGUCCGCCUUCAGCUACAUCCCGCCACGACGAAAAGAACCGAAAGAAAUGUCAUACUUUAACAGAGACUCAAAGGUCCCAGAUGUCUCCACCUAUGACCAGGUGUUCCACCAGCCUGAGGGUUAUGAUAUGAAACUGCACCGGGAUGACAGGAGGCACUAUAGAGGAAGAGGACUUGACAUGAAUGAGGAGGAGAAGUCCAGAGUUGUGCCGGUGUUGUCCUCUUCAGUGUACGGCCGCCGUCCUGCCCCUGCCCUCUACCAAACGGGUCAGCAGUAUGCACGUGUGGCUUGCAUUAAAGCCGAAUUCUUCAUGAGAAACGGGAUCAUCUGGAAUGUGGCAGAAGGUUACGGAUCAGUGGCGCCUAUCUGAAAGCCUGGCAUAUCACAGCAUGAAAUGAAAGUGUUUGUUCUCGCUGUGGGGGCUUUGAAUAGAAAAACAGUGUUGGAAGUGUGCAGCUCUAAAAUAAACCCAACUUUUCAACUGUCAUUUAUUCUGAUGACAUUUUAAUAUCAUACAUUAUUGUAACAUGAACUCAUUAUUAGCAAGACAGUGGGUAUUUUUAGUGAAAUAGCGGCUGUCAAAAGAUCUUAAAAAAUGCAUUAGAAAAUAUGGAGAUAAUGACAUUUUCCAUGAAGCUGAAGCUACAUUUUCUGAAAUCACUCCGUCAGUCUGAAUGUAAUUCGGUGGUUCAGGUGAUAGAGACCAGAGCUGGAGUGGGACUCAUUUUCAGCCCUGGACUUUCAUGCCUCAGACUGGCCCACUUUAGAUCACGACCUCUUACUAUUAAAAUCAUGUAAUUCUUGCCUUUGUCUUGUAAUUCAGUGUUUUUCUAAAAUAUUUCCAAUUCAGUGCAAGUAAGGGUUGCUUCACAAUGAGGAUUUAUUCCAACAUGAGUGCACAUCUCCAACAUUGUUCUUUACAACAAUAUCAGAAUCUAUAUUCUGUUCAAAUAAGUCUUCAAGGAUAUCCAAACCUUAAAAAUGAAAUAAAAGAAGAAAUAAAAAUAUUAAAUUUAAAAAAUAAAACAAAAAAAUAAAAGGUUGCACUUUCUAAUAACACUAUCAUCUAUUUUUCCUCUGCAAGGAAGCAGUUCCAUCACAACUUAAAUUUCACAAAUAUGAGAAUAUCACUUAAAGGGCUGAUCUCCAACACUAUUCUUUACAACAUCAAUGUCCUUUUUUGCAAUAUCAAAUAUCAAGCAAAUUAGUGUUCACAGAUCUCUAAUCCUCGUGAAUAAUUAUUGCACUGUUGUCUGCAAGUUUCUUAUUCACAGUAUAACAUAACUUGCUAAUGAAAUUUUAAAAACGCUUUGAUUUUCAUUUUAUAUUUACAAUAACAAGAAAAUAAAAUCAGUAAGAUACAGAAACGAAAAAAGGUCAAUUUUUGCAUUUUCUGAGACCGGAAGUGGUCAUCCACAAGUGUGGAGCAUAGACUGUAUAUAAUUUUUUUCCAUUAGUUCUCAUGGUCAAAAAGAGAGAUCAGGUGGCCGAUCUUAAAAUAAAUCAAUAUUGAAUUUUUAUAGAGCGUUAAAGUUUUGUGAAGCCAGGGGUUGGAGCUACCUGAUUGACAGUCUGGUCUGGAAUGAUUGACAGGUCCUAUGGUGGAGACAGUAUAAAGUAUACCAAAUAGUAUACCAUAUCGCUCUAAAAACAUCAUAGUAUAGCCUUUAGUCCACAAAACAUUGUUUUGUCCCAGCUGUCUGAAGUAGGUGAGGAGCAACACAAAGACAGUCCAAACGCUGGUUUCCAGAGGGUUAGAUGAGUAUUUAUUUGAAAGAGUAAGUUUACAAGGACACAACAUGUGAGGGGGUUAAAAGCAAAUGGGUGUUAGUAAAAUACAAAUAAACAGAAUUAAAAGUGAACUUCAUGUUGACAUUGAUGGGCAUUCCAACCAGAAACAAAGUAAAAGAUCAUCAAUACGAAAAAAAAAACAACCUCUUUUUGUUCACCUCUUAAAACCCCAAAACACACCACAAUAGCACCCUAAACUAAAACUACCAGUGGGUUCCCUGUUUUCCUUUCUGAGCAAUUCAAAGGUCCCUCUCUAUCUCCCCACACAUCCAUAAACCACUGGAACACGUCUUCAAAGUUCUGCUGAAGCUCAGCUUCCCCUUAGAAGAAGUGCUGCCAGAUGAAGGAGCCUUUUGAGAGACAGCUGGCAUCAUAAUUGUAGUAGGAGGGGAGGGGGGAGGCCACCACCAACCUCCCCUCCUACUCUCCGCCCUGACUCCACCCAUGUGGUCACUUGGAAACUACGAUGACAAAGGGACGACAAAAUUAGGUUUUUUGGUCUGAUCUGUAGCUCAGUGAUUUAAGGUUGCUGGUUCAAGACCCAACCCUUCUUAAAUUUUUGGAAAAACUUAGACAAAGACAAACAAAGAAGAGUUUCCAUUGGCAGGUCUUGAACUUACUACCUUCUACUUGGUAGUCUCUCUUCUUACCCCCUGAGCUACUCACUCAGAUAUUAAUGCUUCUUUUUUGUGCGCAUUUGUCAUCUAUUUUUUGUCGUCCAGUUUUUGUUUUUUUUAACUUGAGUCUCGACUCGACCGUUUUUCUCAGGAGGUUGGACUUCAGCCUUUGUGCUGGAGGGUUGAACCCUCAGUUCCAAGACUUUCUAAAGCCUCCAGACCUCCCAAGUCCUCAGGACCUGAGCUUUCACACAGUCUGAGGGCUGAAGUUUUGUAAGUCCCACAGUAGAUCUGUUAGAUUUAACGUUCAGACAGUCCAAGGACUGAUAUCUAAGUUCUUGAGUAGUCCUCUCUUACUUUGAACCUUUCGACAGUCUGAGGACUGAAAACCUAAAAGUUUAUCAGCACUUCUCUCUUAAUUUUAACUUUCUGGUUAACAGAAGCCUUAAAACUUGUGACCAUGAGUCUUGAUUUCACAUUUAGACCAUCCAUCUUCUUCUCAGACCUUCACCUGUGGGUUCUUUAGAAAUCCUGAACAAACUUUGAUUCUCUUCACUGAACAGUAAAGUUUGUGGAGAUCAGAAGGUAACAGUUUGAUCGAUGCCUUCAACUUCUAGAUUUUAUCUGGAAAGCAGUUUUCUGAAAUGAGUUCUUAGUAAAUCUGUCCACAAUCAAACCAAGAGCAUAGAAAGGAAAUGUUUGAAGAAACAACUUGAUGUUUUCAUUUCAGACUAGAAAAUGUUAGACCUUCAUCUGUUUUUGCCUUGUUUAAUUUGAUCUUCUAAAGUCUAACUGGUGUCUUUUCAAAUGUUUUGUCUUUAGUUUGAUUCUUAAAUGUUUAGUUUUGCCCCUUUUAUUCUUUUCUAAUGUGAUUUGGUUUUGAAAUGUUUUGUCUAAUGUUUUAUUGGCUUGUUUGGAAAAAAAAAAUCCUUUUUUUAAAUGCUUCAUUGUGUUUUGUUUAAUUCCUAUUUAAAGUUUUGUCUUUAAAAUUAAAGAUUUUUAAUUAAA